AUGUCUUCCAAUGGACCGAAGCUCCCAGUAAAGCAGCUCGCGAUUCUGGCCGUCGCCAGGUUCGCGGAGCCGCUGGCCUUGACGUCGGUCUUCCCCUACUUACCAGAGAUGAUCAAGAGUUUCGGUGUACAAGAUAACAAUGUUGCAAGAUGGGCCGGCCUCGUAGGCUCAACGUUCUCGAUAUCACAAAGCGCUUUCGCAGUGCCUUGGGGGCGAUUAUCAGACAAGAUUGGCCGCAAACCGACUAUAAUAACGGGGCUCGUCUCCACCAUGAUUUGCUUCAUAAUAUGGGGGACGGCCUCCAGUCUCGCUAUGGCUGUCGCCGUACGUUUUAUUAUGGGUGCUGGUAACGGAAAUGUUGGUAUUAUACGCACUAUGGUCGCUGAGAUGGUUCCUCAGAAGGAACUCCAGCCGCGCGCGUUCUCGCUGAUGCCUCUGGUCUGGAGUAUAGGCUCCGUUUUCGGGCCAUCCUUUGGAGGUUUCUUCGCACGACCUGCAGAACAGUACCCAGGACUCUUCGGCGAUAGCUGGCUGUUCAACAAGUACCCCUUCCUGCUGCCCAACCUUGUGGCUUGUGCCUUCUUCUUUGUCUCCGUUGUUGUGGCAGUGUUGUUCCUCCAUGAGACUUUAGAGACGAAGCGGCAUGAGAGGGACUGGGGCCUAAUACUCGGAGAAAAGAUCUCGCAGCCCUUCAGGACCAGGCCCCGCCACAAGCACCAACACCAGCAUCAACGUCACCACCGACCCUCCUUCGUGGAUGCCGAGGCAUCGGCGCCUCUGCUGCCCAAAUCAGGUGUCGUUCUCAAGAAGAAAUCCAUGGCCCCACCGCCAACAAUGAAGGAGAUCUUCACGCCGCAAGUCACCAUGAACAUUAUCGCGUACACAGUCCUGGCCCUGCACUCGGUAGCCUUCGACCAGGUGCUCCCAGUCUUCCUGAACUACCCACGCCAAGUCCCAGACAGUGAGAAUACGCACCUGCCGUUCCACUUCUCGGGCGGCUUCGGGCUCAACUCGAACAAGAUCGGCACCAUCUUCACCAUCUACGGACUCGCGUGCGGCGUGAUCCAGUUCUUCCUCUUCCCGCCGGUGUGCUCGCGCUACGGCGCGCUGACGUGCUUCAAGGCCGGCACGGUCCUCUUCCCCAUCGUCUACGUGCUGAUCCCCUACACGGCGCUGAUCCAGGACGCCAGCCUGCAGUUCGCGGCGCUCAUGUUUCUGCUGCUCAUCAAGGGCUUCGCCGUCAUCGUCGGCUUCCCCUGCAUCACCAUCCUGCUGACCAACUCGGCGCCGUCGGUCCGCAUCCUCGGCACGCUCAACGGCUUCGCGACCACCUUCUCCGGCCUCGGCAGGGCCGUCGGCCCUACCAUGACCGGUGCCACGUUCAGCUGGGGCGUCAAGAGGGGCUAUGUGAUCCCGGCCUGGUGGCUCCUCGCCGCGGUUGCCGUGCUGCAGGCCAUCCCCGCGUGGCUGAUCGUCGAGGGCGAGGGCCCCAGCCGCGAGGAGGACACGGACGACGAGUCGGCGCUGCUGGACGAGGCGGGUGAUGUUGAUGACCAGCCCGCCAACCGUGCUAUCAUCGCGGGCGACGUCACAGACCUGGUCGGGACGCGGGAGGACGUCGUGAUCCCCGACCCGGACGACGAGGACGACGAGGACCUGCCGCCGCUGACAAGGGUCAACUCGCGGGCUUCGAAGGGCAGUGCUGGCUAUGGCACUAUGAAUGGUUCGGCGCCUGGGACGCGGCUUCGAAGGGUGUCCGAGACAGGUAAGGACCUGGGCACGUAA